AUUACUCUUGCCCACGCCUAACUGGCGCGUUCCAGCGGUUUUCUUUCCUAAUCAGUGACCGUCAUCCCUGUGCCCUCAGAGCUUCUGCGAACGUUGUUCUCCGUCCAAAAGUCGCUUCAAACCCAUUUCUGCUGGAAACUCCCCCGAGGAGGCUUCUGUGAGUUCUGUGCUGUACAAAUACCUCCACUUCCUGUUAACAGGAUCACUUCAACCGAGCCGUGUCCUAAUUUUAAUUUUCCAGUCCACUCGCUGAAAGGGAUUUUCCCCGCACCGUUUUCUGCCUGGCGUAAGCUCCAAAUUUGCUCCUCCUACCUGUGCGUUUCUGCCCAGACUGACGGGCCCUUUCACUUUCCCAGCCGCCCCUGCCGGCGGGCGCGGAAUCGGGCUCUUGGCGCCCCGUAGGGCCGAGAUCCAAGAUGGCUGCCCCCACGGGGCAUGGCCAGGGUGCGGCCAUGUUGCCGCAGCGGCAAAGCCGGGGUCCAGUUGUCUUUUCUCUAGAAAUGCUUCAGACCCUUGUUGGCCGCAGCCCCGCGGUGCUGAGGGACGCGGACGAAGUUCAGCGAAGUAAGUUCAGGUGCCGGUCGGUCGCAGUGGUGUGUGGCGAGAAUCAGCCUGUAGGUGCUGGCUCCCCAGGGACAAGAGGAAUCCAGGGAAAAAGGAGAUGGAUUCCAAGACUUAGGCAUCAGCAUUUCUGGGGAAACCUUUGACUGGAGACUGAGAUUUUUGAACAGAAAUUUAGAGCUGAUCCAGAAGAGCUAAAGACAGAGCAUCCCUGUUAGCACCCAUUUCCCAAAAUCAGAAGAAGAUGAUCCAGGCCCAGGAAUCCCUGACAUUUGAGGACGUGGCCGUGGGCUUCUCCCGGGAGGAGUGGCAGCUCCUGGCCCCCUCCCAGAAGGACCUGUACCGGGAUGUGAUGCUGGAGAACUACAGGAACUUGGUGUCCGUGGGGUAUCUCGCCAGCAAACCAGAUGCACUCUCCAAGUUGGAAGGAGGAGAACUUUGGACAACAGAAGAUGAGAUCGACAGUCGAAUCUGCCCCGAAAUCAGGAAAGUUGAUGAUCCCCUGCAGUGUCAGUUACAAAAUCGAAGCAUUCAGAAGAGUGUGGAACAAUGCUGUGAACAUAAUACAUUUGCAAGCAUUUUUAACCAGAGUGAAAGUGAUUUUCUGUUGAAACAAAAUUAUGAUAUGUUUGAUUUACAUGAAAAACCUUUAAAAUCAAAUUCAAGUUUGGAAAGCCAGAGUAUAAGCUGUGAUUUGGAGAACUCUGCUGAGUUUCAUGAAGAUGGGAAAUCCCUUCUUUAUGGUAACCACGAACAAUUUUAUAGUGUAAAUAAAUUUCCUGUAGGUGUAAAACCCAUUAAUAAUAAUUCCCAGGUCAUGAAACAACCGAGAACUCAAAAUACGCAGAAAGCCCAUGUAUGCAGUGAAUGUGGGAAAGCCUUUGUCAAGGUGUCUCAGCUCACUGAUCAUCAGAGAGUUCAUACUAGAGAGAAACCUCAUGGAUGCGGUAUGUGUCGGAAAGCAUUCUCCAGAAAAUCCAGGCUAAUUGAACAUCAGAGAAUUCAUACAGGACUGAAACAUUAUGAAUGCACUGAAUGUGACAAAACAUUUCCUAAGAAAUCACAAUUCAACAUACACCAGAAAACUCAUAUGGGACAGAAGCCUUAUACAUGUAAUGAAUGCGGGAAGGCGUUCAUCAAGAAAUGUCGGCUCGUUUAUCAUCAGCGAACUCAUACAGGAGAGAAGCCCCAUGAAUGCAGUCUAUGUGAGAAAGCCUUCUCUACAAAGUUUAGUCUCACUACGCAUCAGAAAACUCAUACAGGAGAGAAACCAUAUAUAUGCAAUGAAUGUGGAAAAGGCUUCAUUGAGAAGAGGCGUCUUGUUGCACAUCAUCGAACUCAUACUGGCGAGAAACCUUUUAUAUGCGAUGAAUGUGGGAAAGGUUUCACCCUGAAGAACAGUCUUCUCACACAUCAGCAAACUCAUACAGAAGAGAAAUUGUAUACAUGCAGUGAAUGUGGAAAAGGCUUUUCAAUGAAGCACUGUCUCAUCGUACAUCAGCGAACUCAUACGGGAGAGAAACCCUACACAUGCAGUGAGUGUGGAAAAGGCUUCACCUUGAAGAGUCCGCUCAUCAGACAUCAGCGAACACAUACGGGAGAGAAACCCUAUGUGUGUAGUGUAUGUGGAAAAGGCUUCACCAUGAAGAGUGAUCUCAUUGUACAUCAGCGAACUCAUACUGCAGAGAAACCAUAUAUAUGCAGUGAUUGCGGGAAAGGCUUCACCGUGAAGAGCCGCCUGAUUGUACACCAGCGAACUCAUACGGGAGAGAGACCCUACAUAUGCAGUGAAUGUGGGAAAGGCUUUCCAGCAAAGAUACGGCUGGUCGGACAUCAACGAACUCACACGGGAGAGAAGCCCUAUAUAUGCAGUGAAUGUGGAAAAGGCUUCACAGAGAAGAGUCAUCUCAACGUGCACAGGCGCACUCAUACAGGAGAGAAACCCUAUGUAUGCAGUGAGUGUGGCAAAGGCUUAACUGGGAAAAGCAUGCUCGUUGCACAUUUGCGAACUCAUACCGGGGAAAAACCGUAUAUAUGCAGUGAGUGUGGAAAGGGCUUCACCAUGAAGAGUACUCUAGGUAUACAUCAGCAGACUCAUACCGGAGAGAAGCCAUACAAAUGCAACGAAUGUGAUAAAGCCUUCCGGAAGAAGACCUGCCUCGUACAACAUCAGAGAUUUCACACGGGAAAAACCUCCUUUGCAUGUACCGAAUGUGGAAAAUUUUCUUUGCGCAAAAAUGAUCUCAUUACCCAUCAGAGAAUUCACACGGGAGAGAAACCAUUUGAAUGCAGGGAAUGUGGGAAAGCCUUCACGACCAAGUCAGGGCUCAAUGUUCAUCAAAGAAAACAUACCGGAGAGAGGCCCUACGGAUGCAGUGAUUGUGGGAAAACUUUUGCCCACUUGUCAAUCCUUGUUAAACACAAGAGAAUUCACAGAUAGUCACUUUGGGAAAACCUGUUGCCAGUUGUAGGCCCUCAAGAUAAUAUUUUGCAAUGAAGAAUGAAUGCAAAGAAUGGUAUUAUCUUUAGUGAUCAGUUGUGUCACAUUUUACGUUGACAAAAAAUUUAUAAAACUGCUCGCGCAGUCAGCCUUGAUGAAAAUAUCUUAGGACAUUAUACAUCUAAAAAGUGUUGACUAAGAUAGAUUCUAUGAAUGUGACAGACUAGGAAAGCCUUCGGUGGGAAGAAGACCUAUCACGUGAUCAUCACAGAUCAUGAACGACUAGGAAAGCCUUUGCCCAGAAGUUAAGACCUCAAUAGAUGUUAAUUCACACUAGAGAAGUACUUUCCUAUGGUAAUAAAUAUAGUCCGGUCUUGAAGUAACGUAUUUGCCAGGAAAUCCACACAGAGAUAACUUAGGAACACGUUCAAUGUGGUGGACUUUACCAAAAUACCAGACAACUUAAGGAAAGAGGCCUUGGGGAAAUGAUGAAGGAGAGUUCUGUCAUAUGUCUAAACAUAACAGAUAAUAUACCUCUCAGACAUUGAGAACAGGAUACCUUCAGCCAUAUAUCUGACUGCCUUGUCAUUGAUGUUACCAAUUUUAAAUCAUGGCAGUUACUCUUAUCAUGUAUUAAAUUUUAAUAUGUGCAAUGCAGGAGUGUUCUAUGAGUGUUCUCUGCCUGUUUCAUUAUAUAAUUAACCCUUGAAUUUCUUUGUUCCAAGUUUAAUUGUUAUUACCAAAUACUUGAAUUACUUCAGAAUGAAACGAUAUAUUCAUAUGUGUAACUCAAUAUAUUUGGAUGUGUUUAACCAAGUUUAUAAGCAGCAUCAAGUGGUUUAUAAAAUU